AUGGGCCUCACCGUUAACACUCACACUCGUUCGCGGGCCGUGUCGACCGCAGACAUUCUCCGUCCGGAAGACAAAGACAUUGCACAGCUUGUCAAGAGCCUUGACGCCCUCGAUUACAGCUCCUACAGUGCUCUGCAAAACAGUCUUGAUCAGGCAACCUGUCUGCAGCAAUUGCGCCACUUCCUCAAAGAUGAUGGCGAUAUCCACGGAGCGCACAGUGGUUUUCGACGAGCGGGUGGCUUCCAAGCGUUGCUUCGCCUACUUCGCUCGCUCGUUGACAGUUACUCUGCACCAGCCAACCCUCCUGCCAUGGUGAAGUCAUUCCUUCAGUCUCUUUCGCAAUGGUUCGGCGUGCUCGGGGCGGCUUUGGAAGGACAUGAGGGAAAUCAGAGAUAUUUCAGAACAAAGGUGGAUAGUGGCGGAUGGAUUUCGCUGCAAUACACGUUGGACCAAUUUUUCACUGUUCUAUCUUGUCAGACGGGUGACGACGUACACUUGGAGCACUUCUUUGGGAUUCUCUUUGCAACCGCUACUGGCGUGGAAAUGAUCGAGGACAUCUACACUGCUCUGGAUCGAUCCACAAGGUCUCAAGACGAAGCUCUACUCUCAGAAGAGACUAUCGCUUCAGCGAGAGCCGGCAUUGUUAAAGCGCUGGGAAGCGUUGGCGAGCUGGCAGUGCCGGAGCUGCUAACUGUGAUACUUGGGCUUUGGACAACCGGUAUCAAGGCUGGGAAGAUUCCGCAACGGCUCAUGAGAGUUGCACUGCCACUCAGCUUCCAGGAAAUUCUUUUAAUAUCGAGGCAGAAUAUCGUGUCUGCACACACUGCCGGAACCUUCACCGCAGUUCUCAGGCUGAUCUUUGAAGAGAAACUGUCUGCGACUGAAAGAAGUCUGAUGAGGGAAGUUGCCCUGCUUUUGUGUCAAGAAGGGAUCUCCCACCUGGAUGACGCACAUUUUCUUUUCAAACUGGCCAGUACAUCUUCCGACGCAGCUUCAUUCCUGCAUGAUGCUAUCAUUGUUUCCCGGCAGCCGCCGAGUCUGCAGUUCGAUCUGUCCCAGCAUGGCUAUGCAUCCACAGAACUGGCCACUCUUGGUAGACCAUUCCCACCUCUGGACACUGGCGGAUACACUCUGUGCCUCUGGGCGCGCUUUGACGCCUUCGAUACCCAAGCCCACACCACACUCUUUGGCGCUUUCGACAGAACUCAAACCUGUUUCGUUUUAGCUUACCUCGAGAAAGACACCCAUCACCUUAUUCUGCAGACUGCGAUACAAGGCAACAGACCCAGUGUCAGAUUCAAAUCAGUUGCUUUUCAGCCAGAUCGAUGGUAUCAUAUCUGUGUGGUGCACAAACGACCACGGACGACCUCUUCUUCCAAGGCUUUGCUAUUUGUGGAUGGAGACUUCGUCGAGCAACAGAAGGCAAACUACCCCUCGGCACCCCCGAAUGAUCGAGGUCAAAGCAUUGUCAAGAUCCAAGCCUUUUUCGGCACGCCCCAAGAUCUAUCCCCGAGUUCUGCUGGAGUGGCUUGCUCGUCAAAGUGGUCGCUAGGUUCUGCAAUCCUGUUUCAAGAGACCAUAAGCGAUGAUUUAAUCGCCGUCUUCUACUAUCUUGGUCCAAAGUAUCAUGGUAAUUUUCAGGAUUGCCUUGGUUCUUUCCAGACGUACGAGGCCUCCGCAGCAUUGAAUUUACGGAACGAGAUGUUACACCCCGGAAAGGAAGAGCAGUCAGAACUCAUCAUGGCCAUCCGACAGAAGGCAAGCAGUCUCAUCCGCGAGGACAAAAUACUGAUCAAUGUUUCCCCUGCAACAAUCCUCGACAGCGAUGAUCGAAACAACAUUGAUGAAACUCAAUUGGUCAAGUCGCUGUCAAAGCUGGCGGCGAAAAAUCUGGUGGCCUACACGCGUUCGGGCAUGAGUGCUGUGGCGAUCAAUGGCGCAGUGCCCUCGAUUAAUGACGCGUUGACCCAAGCAAGAGGCGUCUUUCUCCUCAUGGGUGAUCCCACAGUGACAGUGCCACAAUCAUUGGACGAUGCCAGCUGGCGUUUGGGUGGUUGCGGCGCCGUCGGACUGGGACUCGUUCAACGAGCGCGGACGACGGAAGACGUUGCCCUCGGGGUUGAUAUCCUCUUGGAAACAGUCCGACACAGUUGGAGAAACAGCGAAGUAAUGGAAAGGGAUGGCGGGUACGCAAUUUUGGCGAUGUUAUUGAAAGAGAAGCUCAGCCUUCCCUCUCAGAACAGCGGCGAAGCUGUGAAAGUCGCCUGGGCAAUCCCAACAUCGAGACUCGAUAGAACAGGGUUGAGCAUGCGGAUAUUGACCUCGAUUCUUUCCUUCACUGGCUAUAAUUCUGAAGAUCCCACGAAAUCUGUCAUCAACAACCCUCUCGCUUACAAAGUCUUGGUAGCAGACACUGGCCUGUGGAGAUGUGGCCCACUUCCUGUGCAACAGUUAUACUUUGACCAAUUCUUGGUAUUUGGGGAGCAAAGUGAAUACAAACGCUUCAACUUAAAGAGGUUAGCAAGAAUGAGAGUGCUUAAACGACUGAUGGAAGCACUGAAAUCGGAGCCUGUGGCGCGGGCCAUCAUGCCACAGUAUAUGGCAGCAAUCAAGGUUCUCCUGCCCCAAACAUUGUCGGCGGAAACUUUGCGCUCACUGGCACUGUUUAUAACAUUCUCGGUAAACAAACGCAAUGUGGGAUUGCAAGCGCGGAAACCCAUCCGCAGGGAAGCACGGCAAAGAAGUUCGUCAGCUGGGUCAUCUCACGGUCCCAAGGACGAAGCAGCCUUGACUUUGUCUCAUUUUGAGAUCGGAAUGGAGGUUCUGCGCCUUUAUUCAGAGAUGCUAUGCCGCAAAGGCGACGAGAGCCUGAUCAAAAAAUUUGCCAAGACGGUUACGAACAAAUGGCUACUCUACCUGCUGUCUGAGACAUCACCAGAAGUCGUGGUGCUUUCGAUGAGGAUUUUGGCGAGAUUGCUCGUUGUGCAUGGCGACACCUAUGUCAAGAAAUUCAAAGACACCUCCAAGACUUCUGGCUUCACCAUCAUGACAUAUCGUUUGAAGAGAUGGUGGCAUCUUCCUGCAUUAUGGCCUGCUCUGUUCGCCGUGCUAUUUGAUCUUGACGUUGCAAAUCUAGAUCUGGAUAGAAACUUUGACCUGUUUGGAUUUAUCGAGCUCUUUGCCAAUCAAAAAGAGCUCUCAGUUUUCUAUCCAGAAGUUCUCGAGGUCAUCAUGGGAAUGUUGCAGAGCGGCCUGAAAACAAUUGUGUCAUCGAAAAGGCACCAAGCUGCUUCCUUUCUGGCGCCGCCACUGGAAGAGUUGGGCGGCCCUCCUGAGAGACUUUCCAUGUCAACCAUGGCACCGCCGAAUCCAAUGCUCACAAUUGUGACAAGUCAGCACGUCGAGACGUUCAACACCGUUGUCCAAUUCCUUGCGGAUCUCCACGCCAGGUCGCAGAAGUUCCGAGACUUUGCAGUAACGUCAUCGUACAUUCAAGAUCUCCUCGCAGUUUUGUUCCCUGUUGUGGUAGGUUCUGACGUGGUUCAAGCGAAAACGGAGUUGGAUGCCCGGGAUUCGACGCUUACAUUUGAUGGCGGAGAUGUUGUUGUUCAUCCGCUUUCAACCACUCCCCCCGUUAUCCGGACGGUGGACACAGAAACCUCAUCUACGGCGACCAGAGGGAAGACCCUUCGGAGAGGCUCGUCCUUUGUCCUCGUCACCAAGGACCACGCCCACAACAAUGGUUCUGUCACCACUACUGCAGCUUCAGCUUCUCGUGGCUUGAACUCGGCUGUGGCAAAAGUACCAGAACUCCAUGACGGUCAUUCUAUCGUUCAGAGCUUGUUGGAGAUCCUCAUAUCUAUUUUCAUGGAUCAGUUACUCGUCCGGAAAGAAUUUCCAGGACUUGGUCUUUUUUUGAAAACGCCGCCCGGGUUCAUCGAACACCAGUCUUACUUCGAAACGUGGAUCUUGAGAAACACCGUGUCCCAGCUCGCGAACCAUAUCGCGCUAAAUCAGACGCUCUUGACGGAGCCAAGGGUUUUGAUCAACCUAGCCCGUCUCUUUGGGCACCUUGAAGAGGCUCUCUUCGAAGGAUGGUUUAUUGGCGGUGCGGAUCCGGUCCUCGACUUGUCGGGAUCUAUAUUGGAAUAUCUCCAACGUCCUGAUAUUUCAAAAUUGAAGAGCGUGCGGCUGUGUGCUCAAACAAUUGCCAUCAUCCGCGCUGUCGUUUUCCGGACAGUCCUUCUUAGCCUUUCGUCAAUCCACGACAACGACUCGUUACACUUUCUGGAAAAGUUAACAUACUGGCAGACGGUCCUACUCUCUGGCGAAGACACCCAAUCAGCCAAUUUACAAUUGAUUUGCUACCUUCUGUACGCCAACCUCAUCUCCUCAACCGAUGCUGUACGACAAGCGGCGGCGAAUUUGUGGAGGAUUAUUCUCGUUCAAAAGCCUGAUGAAGCAGCAGCAAUCUUUGGGCAAACCGAUACGACGGAGCAAAAAGGGUUGGCUGGCGGUUUUUCGAAGCUGGUUGAAAUUGACAAUGAAACAUUCCUUUACUGGGUCGACGAGCACCGAAGUGAACUUGAUUCCUUGUUCUUUGAUACACUUUCGAAGCAGUGGAAUGCAUUUGUCACUUCGGAAAAUAAGAGGACCGAAGAAAACGGUCGUAUGAGGAUAGCACGCCGACGAGAGAAGGUCAAGCAAUGGGCACGGGAAGAGGCAGACCGCGAUGAUCUGAUCCGGCGCCAUGAGCUCGCUUUCGAAAACUGGACCGCUAACAUCUACUCCUCUGAAUACCUCAAGCAUCAGAGACUGCUCCAAGACCAGCAGGAUGAUCUUGUGUACACUGAAGCCGCCUUCAAUCGGAUGCAAAGAGAUACCACUAAACCCCCGGGGUUGUUCGCUGUCAACAAACCCAGAAAAUGGAGAUUGGAUCAAACAGAGGGGCGAAAUCGAAUGCGUAUGCGACUACAUGAGGAUUACACCUACACAGAAGAAGAUCAGCAGCCAAAGCGGAAAGGGUCUGACAUGCCACAACUGCGGCUUGAUACUAAGAACACCAAAAUGUCCACAGCCGAGUCGAUAGGGGUCACCCCAGGCGGAGUCACACCGAGCGGCAUCACCCCAGGCGGGACAACACUAGUUGUCGACACCCCCAAGCCCGUGAGCGCGGGGACCGAGCCUUUCCCUGCACUUCAAGAAAGUAGUGAUCAAACUCCUGAUCAGUCAGCCAGCAACGAUACACAGAGCGAAGCCAUGGAAGGCGAAGACAGUUUCGAAUUGGUUGAGGACCCAAAUGCUGAGAUGGACGAAUUCGAGGACAAGAAUCGGAAGGUAAUGCGCAGUCUCCAUCGCGGAGAUCAGGUCAAGCAUGUUGCCAACAUUUCGCGGAUUCUCGGACUUGAGGCUGUGGAGGGUCUGCUCAUCCUGGGCAAAGACUAUGUUUAUAUCCUCGACAAUUUCUUUCAACGCGCCGAUGGCGAGAUUGUGAAUGUUUGGCAAGCACCACAAGAAGAGCGAGAUCCUUACGUGCGAAUGAUCUCUGGGCGAGACGUCACGGAACGCAAGAUCGUCUCGCGCAGUGAUGAACACGGCACUCGAAGCUGGAAGUGGUCUGACAUCAUCAGUGUUUCCAAGCGGCGCUUUCUCUUUCGAGAUGUCGCAAUCGAGAUCUUCUUCGGCGAUGGGAGAAGCUACUUGCUGACUGUGACCUCGCCUCAGAUCCGGAAUGACUUGCACAGUCUUAUCAGCGCCAAAGCCCCUUCACCCAACGGACCGAGCAGUCAUUCGGAGACAGCCUGGCGCUAUGAGACUUUGAGGAGUGUGGAUGACGAACCCCAGACUUUUGGGUCCAAGUUUGCAAACGUGUUCGGUCAGCAGUCGAGCUCUCUCGCAGCAACUCGGAAAUGGCAAAAGGGGGAAAUGUCAAAUUUCCACUAUCUGAUGCUGAUUAACACGAUGGCUGGAAGGACAUACAACGACUUGACACAGUAUCCUGUGUUCCCAUGGGUCAUCGCCGACUACACCAGUGAAGAACUUGACCUGACAGAUCCAAGGACAUUUCGUGAUCUCUCCAAACCCAUGGGUUGUCAGACGAUCGAACGUGAGAGAGAAUUCAGAGAGCGAUACCAAACUUUUGCGGAAAUGGGCGACACCAAUACUCCGGCUUUUCAUUAUGGAACGCACUAUUCCUCGGCAAUGAUUGUGACAUCGUAUCUGAUUCGCUUGCAACCCUUCGUCAAGUCGUAUCUCCUCUUGCAGGGGGGCACAUUUGACCAUCCUGAUCGCAUGUUUUUCUCGAUAGAAGGGGCUUGGAGGUCUGCCGCUCGCAUGAACAUGACCGACGUCCGCGAAUUGACCCCUGAAUUUUACUAUCUGCCAGAGUUUCUGGUCAACGUCAAUGAUUUCGACUUCGGAACGAGGCAAACCUCGCAGUCAAUCGGAAAUGUUGAGCUUCCGCCGUGGGCAAAAGGCGAUCCUCGCAUCUUUAUUGCCAAGCAGCGUGAGGCACUCGAGAGUCCCUAUGUUAGCCGCAACCUACACAAAUGGAUUGAUCUGAUCUUUGGCAGUAAGCAGAAGGGCGAAGCCGCGGUGGAAGCCGUGAACGUAUUCCAUUAUCUAUCAUACCAAGGUGCGAAAGAUUUGGACGCCAUCAGCGACCCGAUGGAACGGCUCGCAACCAUUGGCAUCAUUCAUAACUUCGGUCAGACCCCAUAUCAGGUCUUUACCAAACCUCAUCCCGCACGGGAGCAAAUCCGGCAUCGUUACAAGCGGCUUGACACCGCCGCGGAAUCAUUGACUCGCAUUCCAUCAACUCUCUUGGAGACUGGGGAACGAGUGGCCUCGCUCAGAUAUUCCUGGAAGUCUGACCGGUUGCUCUGCUCCGGGCCAUUCAGACUGAACAUUCCCCCAGAUUACGAGAUGUACCUGGAAUGGGGCUUUUCCGACAACAGCGUCCGUUUCUACUCGACCGAGAGCAGGAAGCAGAUGGGGCUUUUUGAGCAUUUGCACAUCGGACAAUUGUCUUGUGCGCUGUUUGCGGAUUCGAAAACGCUGAUCACUGCUGGGACAGAUUGCACCGUGGCCGUAUGGACAGUCAUGGAAAACGGGAAGACCGUAGAACUACAUCCGCGGGCCACACUUUUCGGCCACCGCAAGCCGGUGAGCUCUUUGGCCAUAUCCAAGUCUUUCAAUGCGCUACUGUCUGCUUCGACAGACGGACAGGUGAUGCUCUGGGAUCUCAAUCGUUGCGAAUUCAUCCGCAAGUUGGAUGAUGAGCUGCCAGUGCAAUGUGCGGCCAUCAACGACGUCACGGGGAAUAUUAUCCUCUGUCAUGGGCAUGAGAUUAGCAUGUAUACGCUGAACGGCGAUCUGCUGCUGCGACAGGACUCUGGGGAGCGCUCGCAGGAGAGCAUUGUCUCGUGCGCAUGCUACGAGGGAGCGGGCAACGAGUGGCUGGAACGAGACCUCGUCUUUACAGGCCACAAGAGGGGACAGGUCCGUAUCUGGAGCAAAGUGACCCGCGAGGGCCGCUUCGAAUUGGAGCUCAUUCGACAGCUCAAUCAUGCUGACAACAGCCGGGAUGAUGGAGCAAAUGUGAGUGCAGGGAUCAGUUGCAUCCUGCCGAUGCCACAAGUUGUGUACACCGGGGAUGAGGAUGGGCGAGUGUAUGAAUGGAACUGUGUGCAGAGGCACUAA